ACUUCCUCUAAGUAUCGGCAACGGGGAAAAUAACAUCGAAAGUACCCCAGCCUCAAGCGAAAACACCGAAUAUUGUGCGUCCUAACCAGCUGUUACCACCUUCGACGCAUUCACCGUGAUACUCAACCCAACCAGCACAAAAUGGUAAGCGGGGAAACAGAUUUUAUUUCAUUAUUUGACUCUAAUCGGGUGUUUUAACAGCUUAGCAUAUGGCGUUAGCAUUAGCUUCGGUGUACAUGUGGCGGAGUGACGGGCUGCUCUGCCAGGGUCGUGUUGUUGGUGUUUGGACUCAUAUUUUUACCUUCAGUGACAUGAGUACAACAGGAAUAAAGCUUUGGGGAUACAAAACAGUCAUUGACUUGUGUUUUAAUGUUGUACUGUAAUCUUUAAUAUUGACAUCAAAAUUAGCAAUCUAGCUGUGUAUUUAUAUUGAUUCAUUAAAAUUCAUCCAAAACAUAGGGCCAGGACAAGCGUAUAUAUCACACUUUGAUUAAAUACUCGAAAAAAUUCAGCAAUUUUGUGAUUGUUUUCUUAGUGCUAUUACAUUGUUGUAUUUGUUGUAUAUGUAUAAACAAUAAUAUAAGGUGAUAUCUGCAUUAUAUAACAGCCAUCACAUUUUCUUUUGCUUUUGUAGCCUCAGAACGAGCAUAUUGAGUUACACCGCAAGCGGCACGGCUACCGCCUGGACCACCAUGAAAGGAAAAGGAAGAAGGAGAGCCGUGAGGCCCACGAGCGCUCCCACAAAGCCAGGAAGAUGAUCGGACUGAAGGCCAAGCUCUACCACAAACAGAGACAUACUGAGAAGAUCCAGAUGAAGAAGACGUGAGUAAAGGGUUCUCUGAUUUCUACAAUUAAAGGUGGAGGAGGCAAGAUCUGAGGAAGUGCCAUAUCUAGAAUGUAAACACUACCCCUCCCAACCAGUUUUCCCCUCAGCUCCUCCUCUCCCCUCCCUCUCUGCUCCAGCAAGCCCCGCCCACAAACAGACGCUCCUACGCGCUUGUAUCAUUUCUAUUAAAUUCAGAUAUAAUGCAGAUUAAAACUUCAAAUAAUUACAAAUGGGGCCCAGUCAACAUGAAAGUCAUGGACCCGAGAUAAACAGUUUAGCAGCACUACAACACGCAGCAGGUCCCAUUUGAUAAGAAACUCUUCUGUUACAGACACUUGGCUAACUUUGUUAAAGCAGUUUACCCAUCCAGCAGAAAAGUAACAGGGUCUGUAAGAACCCGAAGCGUCCCCCAUCAUGUAUGCUGAUGUUGAUCCGGCUUCUUAAGGUCCUUUCACACCUGGGCCGACAUGAAUAUAGAACGCGAAAUCACAAAAUAUUCUGAGGCGAAUUUUGUCAGCAUAUGUUGGAUAUACCCGUGAAUCAGACGUCGCAACAACAGGCUAUCGGAUUGGUCAGAAGUGGACACACAGAAUGCGAAACUUGAGAAAAAAUCGACCUUGAUCCGAAAAAAUAAAUGCCGCAAUAUCGCAGGACGGGAAAACGUCGCUGAUGUUAACGCUUGUAUUGACAGGAUACGGGUUCAAGAAAAAAAUAUUGACUUCCGAAAUAAUGUAACGAUAAAAACGGUCCCAGUGUGAAAGGACCUUUAGCUCUUGUCCGGUCUACAUCCGUUUGAAGCGCCCAUUAUUCCACCAGAGUCUCCAGUAUUUGCUUUGUCUUAUUGCUUGUGUUUUCCGUACUUCCUGGUUGGUUUCUACAGUCCGAUAUUGUAGCACGCUAACUGUGUUUGGGCUCGUGAACGUUAUUGGAGGACAUGGAGCUUGCCUCACGACACGAGGGAGCAGAGUCUGCUUCACAACCAGUCAAGUCGGGGAGGCGGAGAACGGCUUUGUUUACAGUCAGAAAGAGUGGGCCGCUCAAAAAAUUUAAAAUGUUGACUACACAGACAAAACAAAACACAGGAUAUCAUUAUAUUCCCAAAUUUUAUCAAUAACUAAUGGCUACUGACUGAUAUUAAAAUCUUUUUUUUCUUGACGCCCCCAAAAAAGAUGCUUCUUAAACAGAAUCAUGACUACCCCACCUUUAAGUGACAACAACCCCGGUCUGAACAUGUUUCUUUGCUGCCAUGUUGCUUUGCAGGAUCAAAAUGCACGAACAGAGAAAGACCAAGCAGAAGAACGAUGAUAAGACCCCAGAGGGAGCAGUGCCGGCUUACCUGCUGGACAGAGAGGGACAGUCUCGUGCGAAGGUCCUCUCCAACAUGAUCAAACAGAAGAGGAAAGAGAAGGCUGUAAGUGCCCAGUGAAAUUUUAGCAAUCACACAUAAAUAUGAAACGUGCAUGCCAUUUAUUAUUUUCAAGGUGAGGGCAUGAACAUAAUCAAUGUGUGUGUCCACUGUAGGGAAAAUGGGAGGUACCGCUGCCCAAGGUGCGAGCACAGGGUGAGACUGAGGUGCUCAAAGUCAUCAAGACCGGAAAGAGGCAGAAGAAAGCCUGGAAGAGAAUGGUCACCAAAGUUUGCUUCGUCGGUGACGGCUUCACUCGGAAACCUCCUAAGUAUGAGCGAUUCAUCAGACCCAUGGUAAGAUUGCAGAAUCCAUAGCAUCCCGAUACGCAGUCAGGAACUCUGUAGCUCUAUUAACUCCUACAUAACAUGUCCCUCUUUUAUCUACAUUCUAGGGUUUGCGUUUUAAGAAAGCUCACGUCACACAUCCAGAGCUGAAAGCCACAUUCUGCCUCCCCAUCCUGGGAGUGAAGAAGAACCCCUCCUCACCUCUCUACACCUCUCUGGGAGUCAUCACAAAAGGAACAGUUGUCGAGGUAAACGUCAGCGAGCUGGGCUUAGUCACACAAGGAGGAAAGGUUAUCUGGGGUGAGUCUUCACUUUAUUUUUCACUCUGUUUCCUAACUCUUAUGAAUAAUCUAGAAAAAAAAUUAUUUAUUGCACAUCUAGUUUAACAUUUUAGACAGAAAUAACCCUGUUUGAUACUGGAAAUGACUUGGAGAUGUGAUCGUGUUGUAACUGAGCUCCCUCUUUCCCUCCAGGUAAAUACGCUCAGGUGACGAAUAACCCUGAGAACGACGGCUGCAUUAACGCAGUUCUGCUCGUAUAAGACUCUUGACCUUUAUACAGACUGUGCCUGAUACCUCUAAUUUUAUACAAGGAGCGUUGAUUACAUCAAACAAUACAAAGAUGCUACAAACAACGGCCUUCAAAUCACCAGAACGGAGGAAAGAUCAUCGACGCUGCACUUGACAAAGGAGCUUUUGUGACGGAAUGAGGAUUUAAGGAAAAUAAAGCGGUGAUGUCAUGUAAAAUGUGAUAUAAAUAAACUUGAUUUGACUUCAGAUAA